UAACAUAUAUCAUAUACAUCGUAUGAGUUUAUCACACUUGGAUUCUGGCAAGCCCAUAAUUCUUUGAAAUUAUUCGUUUUGCGAAGUUUGACACAAGGCGUGGUUAAGGCUGCGCAUCGUACCAUCCCCUGCACAUAGCGGUAUUGCAGAAUGCCUACACCAAACUCUGACCACCUGAACUCUGACCGCCAAGCAAGCAAGUCGUGUACAACAUACAGAGGAACAAAUCAUGAAAUACUCGAGUGAUACACUAUUAAUUAUUAAACAGAGUGUUUUGUACACAUCUGUCGACGGUCGAUAGUUGACCGCGAUAGGCGAGCUAGUAUUAGAUCUAGUAUUCAAUGUAUAUCGAUAGAAGGUGAAUUUCCAGCCACGAAUGAACGGGCAUAUUUUCGGCUACCACGAGGUGCCGCCAUAAUUUUAGGCUUCACUUUUACUGUCGAGAGGUUAAAACAUGAGGACAUACUGCGAAUAAAACAGCAGCAGCAGCCAGCAACCAGUGCCGGCAGCCAGCAAGUUGCGACAGCUUAGACUGCUAGAGCGGUUUUAAUUGGUGCUGUUAAAGGCAACUCCGCGGGACCAUCGACAUGAUGUUUUAUUCGCAGUCCUAGGCAAGGAACUGCAAGGGCAAUUUGCGCUGGCAGCGUCGAUUAGCUGGAACUUCUAGGGAAUAGAAGGAUGCAACAUUCCCCCAGAAGAGGUAACCGAAUAGUGGAGGGGCAAGCCACCCCCACAACAACGAGUGCGUCUUCGCAACCUGGAAGUAGUAGUAGUGCAGGAAACAGGCCGCCGAAGUCGAAAGUAAUAGUUACGUCGGCGCCGCUGAUUCCUAGCCAAGCCACCCAGCCUCGCCCAUCGAUACCGUAAUACCUAACGGGGUCGGUGCGAGCAGUGCGGCGUCACCGCUGACGCCAUCUUGGAGUGGUCCGUUAUUGUCUGUAAGCAACGGUGUUCCACCUAACGGGGUCGAAGUGAGCAGUACAGCAUGCUCGCAGCCGCCAUCUUAUAGCGGACCACCGCUGCUUGCGAGCAGCAGCUAUUUUACGCCAUUUUGCACAACUAGCACAGCGCAGACAGCGCAUGGAGUCGUGCCGCCGGCUGAAGGCAAUUACAACGACACGACGCCGCUAGCUGGAUCCUACGCCUGGACGACACCAAAUGGAAGCAGUGGAAACUAUAUGCCCCGCAAGCCUCCCGAUCUGCCAGUAUAUGGAGGUCAGCCUGAGGAUUGGCCGAUCUUGCUUUGUGCAUAUACUGAGACAACGCAAGCGUACAACUGUACAGACCUGGAGAACAACCAACGCUUGUUGAAGGCACUGAAGGAUAAAGACCGCGAGACCGUCAAGUCUCUCCUAAUUCAUCCAAGCAACGUGAGCACUGUCGUGGAGCAGCUGCGUUUCAGAUAUGGCCGACCGGAGCAGCUUAUACACAGCCAGCUGAGUGGAAUACGAGAGGUGCCCAAUAUUUCGGAGCACAAUCUGGCAAGGAUUAUUCCCUUUGCAACACGUGUGAGUAAUCUCACUGCCUUCUUGCAGUCAGCGAGGGCAGAUCAGCAUUUGGGGAACGCAACACUUUUGGAAGAACUUGUGGCCAAACUCCCUACAAGCAAGCGAAUGGAGUGGGAAAGGCAUGCUGCACCGAGGUGAGCAACAAAACAGCCGUCUCAGAGGUUGUCCAAUCUGUGGAGGGCAACAUGCAGUUAAAGGCUGCAGAGACUUCAAUGGAGCUUCUCCACCAGACAGGUGGAGGUACGUGAGGAGGCAUAUACUAUGCUUUUCAUGCCUACGAAGUGGUCACAUGACUAGAUCCUGCAAUUCGCAUGGUGAGUGUCAAGUGAAUGGAUGCAGAAAGAGGCAUCACCGUCUGCUACAUGGUGAGGACAACGAACGUAGAAGGUCGCCGCAACGAGGCUGUGAGAAAGGCGACAGCCAGCGAAACCAGCAGACAGCAGUUUCUAGACGUAGCCUGGACAGAGGGGCUCCGCAGGCGGAUGCACCCGCACAGAGGAUAUUAAAUUGUGUCGACGCAGCAAGAGGCCGCCUACUGUUUCGUAUACUGCCAGUAACGCUGUACGGAGCAAGCCGAGUGGUGAACACAUACGCACUUUUGGAUGAAGGAUUAUCUGUUACGAUGGUCGACGAUUCCCUCAGAAAGGAUCUGGGCGUGCAAGGUGAGCGUCGGCAUCUGAAUAUUCAGUGGUUUGGAGGUAGAUCCUCCAGGGAGCUUACCAGCUUGGUAAGCCUGCAAGUCAGUGGAGCAGGCAAGCCAAUUCGCCAUGCGUUGCGAAACGUGUAUUCCGUUUCGAAUCUGAGCCUGCCGAUGCAGACUCUAUGCCGACGAGAUGUUCAAGGUGUGGAUAAGGAUGCCAGCCUACCAAUGAGGCCCUACAGCAGCGCAGUGCCGAAGAUACUCAUUGGACUGGAUCACGGACAUCUAGGAUUUCCACUUAGAUCGAGACGGAUUGCCAGACAGGGACCGUAUGCGGCUGCAUCCGAGCGGGGCUGGGUUGUCUUUGGGCCGGUAAGUGGGAAAUCAAACAUGCCUUCACCACGGUCUUGCCUCCUAGCUGUGUCACUGGAGGACACUAUUCAGAGGAUGGUGGAAGACUAUUUCGAUGUCGAGAACUUCAGCGUGAAGCCCGCGGCACCAGUUGCAGGCAGCGACGACGAGUGGGCGCAGAAGAUACUCGAAGAUACUACGGUGAGAGUGGGCCAACGUUACCAGACAAGACUACUAUGGAAGAAUGACCACAUUGUGCUGCCACGGAGCUAUGAUAUGGCGUACAAGCGGUCGGUCAACGUCGAGAAGAAGAUGAAGGCCAACGGGUCGUUCGCGCAGGAAUACACCAUACACCAAUACUUUGGAGCCGGGUAAGGUUCGGCUGGUUUUUGACGCUGCAGCCAGAG